AUGGAUCCCGCAAUCGCCAACCCGGAGACGCCAACCCCAUCUACCAGCGCCACUCUAGGAGUUCCCAAGGUCUGCGAUGUCUCCCUGGGGUACAUCUCGCGUCUCCCCAACGACCCACAAACCCGGGCUCUCCAGGUCCCAGCUGAGUUCCGAGAUGACGUAGAGGAUACCGUCAACGGCCCUCACGGACACAACCACCUCUUCAAGUGGACCUUGGACUUUGUCCGGGGAGACCACGAAGCUGCGGACGCGCGCUUCCUUCGCAGGCAGUCGGAGCUAGUGGCAAGCCUCAGGACAGAAGAGGGACUGCUGGCCGGCGUCCAAGAGUCAAUUGACGCGGAUCUGGUCAGCGGGCAGGAAGAGAGCAUGUUUGUCUCUCAGGGCAACAACAGCCUUACUGAUGAGAAGCUGUACCGCGAAGCAUCCGUCCGCUGGAUCAAGCGGGAGCUCAAUGCAACCAGCCAUUUCUACAUGCUGGCAAAGGCCAUCGCCGGAACCAAGGCCCAGCAGAUGGCGGCAGCCGCUGCCGCCACCGAGGGCAUACAGCCUCAAGUAAAUAGAGCGGACCCAACGCAGUACUCCCAAGCCGUCAUGGAGGACAUCUUCUCCGCCCUCUUCGGCACCGACCAAAUUCCCCCGCUGCACCAGGUCGACAACACAGAGACCAACGCGCGGCUCGUGAACCAAAUCGCCCAGUACCUCAACUCGGACCGGUUCGCCGGGUACCAGACCUUUGCACCCGACAUUGGCAUCAGCUACAACCGCGUCGAGGGUCUCACCGAUGAGCUGCGCGGGAUGGUGGGAUACCACGCCCACAGCACCGAAGAGGAGGCGCGCAAGAUCGUCAUGAUCACAAACAUGAUCCACAACAAGCGCUGGAACGAGCAGCAGGUGGAGCGCCUGGAGCUGGCUCACAAGGUCGCCUUCGUGGUCAAGACCCUUCGUCUGCAGGGCCAGGAGUACGAGGACUGGAUCCAGGCCCAUCCCGGUGCCCGGGCUGUCAGGGAAGCGAUCGACAUUGCGGCUGACGCCGAGGCUACGGUUCAUUGGUCAUCCGCCAUGUAG